AUGCCACCAAUACGCGACAAGUUCACCAUUCACUCCAAAGCCGUCGUUUGCCAGGAUGUCGAGCUCAAGGGUGACAUCACCAUAGGCUCUGGCACAAUCGUACACCCCAAAGCAACUAUAUUCGCCAUUGCAGGUCCAAUUGUGAUUGGGAUGGGUUGCAUCAUCGAAGAGGGCGCUAUUAUCGUGAACAGAAGGAAAGAAGUCAUGCGAAUAGGGGAUGAUAAUCUCUUCGAAAUUGGCUGUCGCGUCGAAUGCCCCUCCGUAGGCAACUUCAACACAAUAUCGACACGCGCCCGAGUCCACCACACCGUCCGCAUCUCCUCGUUCUGUGUCAUCGGUGCAGGAUGCCUGCUUGUGCCUACAGAAGACGAAGUGCUCGAAGAUUAUACAGUCAUCUACGGACCUGCCGCGGAGAAAAGGGUCUGGAGUGGGAGAGGGAAAGUGCAGGAGGCGGAUCUGAGACGAAAACAUGCAGAGUAUCUGAAGGAGAUGCUACCAAAGUUUAAUCGGCUAAGACGGGGAGAAGGGACGUAA